CAAAAGGGCUUUUUUCGAUCGAUUCAGCACGCUAUUUAGGCGCACCGUUGCGCGGGAAGACCGCGUGUCGCUGUCCGCGGUGCUGAAACCCUCUGAAGCCCGAUGCAUCAGCUGCACACAGAUCUAGACCUAGCGUCCUUUACAAAACGUCGGGAAAACGAGGGCAGAGUCGAUGCAGACCGGCAGUUACGCGACAGAUGCAAAGCAGAGGCUCGGUGUUUGACAUGCUUCCCGUUACAAAUCAUUUUCAUCUCUGAAAUGCAAACAUGAAGGCAUUGCACGGGCGUGCGUUCACUGUCACCCGAGGAUCUUUCGCUCCGCACAAUGGCCGCCUGUCAUUCACGAGCGCGCCUCAUUUUUCCGCAAUGGUCUUCAGGAAAGUCGCCGCCACGUCACGCCCCGUGCCCAUUUUCGGAGGGGAACCCCGUCACAUCCUCUGCCCAUAUUUGGGCAAGAGCCGUCCAGACUCAGCACACGGCGGGGAAUCCUCCCGCGGACGUAGAUGAGCCGUGGGCGGGGCCUCGGCGCAGCCGAACGAUAUAAAAGCCGGACGAGGAAUUCCGGCAAACGAAUCGACGGAGACCAGAACCCGAAGCGAACCCAAUUGCAAGGGAAUCCCAAAGCAGGAUUGCCAAUCGGAAAUUACUCCUUGUGGAUUUUUUGCGCCAGUUUUACAUCGACAUCAUGCUGAACACCGUGGACUUCAGCGCUUUGGAUCUGCUUUGCGCGCAAAGCCUUCCUCUGGAGGGACGACCCGCGGCUCAGAGUCAACCUGAUGCUGCUUGCGGUUUGCUGAAGCCCAAAGCGGAGCCGCUGGACGCCGGCUUCCCCGACUGCUCCAACGACGGCUUCCCGCCGUCGCCGCUCACCUACACCGGCAGCUUCUACGCGGAGACCGGGCCGUGCAGCGCGGACGCGCUCCUCAGCAUCCUAACGGAGAUCGUCGGCAUCUCGGACAACUUCUCCGGUAACUCUCGCGGAGGCGCGCUGUCGCGCCAGGAGUCGCUGUUGUCCACCGGCAGCUCGCUAGGCUCGCCGGACUCGCUGUGCAACGACUCCUUGGACGAGUUCGCGGAGGCGAGCUCCCGCGUCAAGAGCGAGUUCGGCGGCGGCUGCUGCAACGGCGGAGACCCGUUCGACGGAUUCGCGUCUCACGAGCCGUCAGACUUGGAUGACAUCAUUGACCUGCUCUCCCCGCUGGGUCCCGAGACCGACUCGGUUUUGGACACGUGGAUCAAGCAGGAGCCGCUGGACCCGGCGAGCGCGCUAAACUUCCAGAUCCCCGUCGCGGCGCACGAGAGCAGCCUCUACCGGACGAUCUCGUACCCGUGCGCCACCACCGCCUUCCUGGACUCGCUGCUGGCCACCAACGCGCGGAGCGCCAAGCCGCGCGGCAGGAAGGGCGCGGCGCGCGAGAAGCCCUUCACCUGCCCGGUGGAGAACUGCGAGCGCCGCUUCUCGCGCUCCGACGAGCUCAACCGCCACGUGCGCAUCCACACCGGCCACAAGCCCUUCCAGUGCCGCGUCUGCCUGCGCUGCUUCAGCCGCAGCGACCACCUCACCACGCACAUGCGCACGCACACCGGCGAGAAGCCCUUCUCCUGCGACGUGUGCGGCCGACGCUUCGCGCGCAGCGACGAGAGGAAGCGUCACGGACGCGUGCACCUCAAGCAGCGCGAGCGCAUGCAGCAGAAGUCGGAGCUCCUGGCGGCGGCGUGCGCGUUCACCCUCCCCGGACUCGCGUGAGCUCGCGGCGCGUUCGGCCGCUCCCCGAGGUUUAUCGCCGGCUGGCUCGCUGGCUCGCACGCGGCGCGUGCAACGCAUGUAGCUCACGCGGUCCGACGGCCGGAAGCGGAAGAGUGCACAGCGAGCUCGGCCCGCGAGGGAACGCUUUGAAACUCUUCGUCCGCGGAGCCGGGCGCGUUUCAGCACUUCCGGUGGACAGCGGAAGCCGCUUGAGAAAGCGUCGAGAACGUCGAUGUCGUUUCUGAAGUCUCCUGCAUGUCUCGAUGUUCCACACCGCUCCACCGCGCUGGCAUGCGACGCGUCCUUGUCUUUUGAUACACGAUCACUUUAUAAAGCACACGAGAAGAGCUCUAUAUAUUUGUACGUCACUGACCGUCAUUUUGUAUCGUCGAUUUUCAAGAGCACGCGCGAGGAAUCUCUCUUGUAGAUGUUCACGAGCGAUUGUAUUCCACUUUUGACAGUAGAAUGUGUUUGGUUGGUUCUUGGGAACCUGACGCGCUAGAGUAUUUAAACUUCAACGUCGUAGUUGAGUCGCAGUAGCACACUUGGCUGUGCAGAUUGGCCCCUGGAUCGUCCCGGGGCCCUUUCGAUAUUAUUGUCUCUCUGCCUUUGAAAACCGUUCUCGUGCAAUGAAACGCUGUUAAACGCCUUGUGAAUAUUUGAGGCCACUGAAUGUUUCAAAUAAAACUUUAUUUAUUGA